CACGCUGGCGCGGGGCCCGUCGGGCGGCUCCCUGCGCUCGGCGCGCGCCGCCCCCGGCGCGCCGGGGUGCCGCGAGGGCGAGGCACCCGACGCCCGUGCUCUUCCUCGCAGGGCGGCCCCCGAGAGCCGCUGCCCCGACGGCCCCCGCGCCGAGAUGACCGCGGUCCCCUCGGCAGGGUCCACGGCUCCGAAGGUGCGGGCGCUCCGCGUGUCCCGGGGCGCGGUGGAGGCGGCGAUGGAGAAGGCUGGGCCUCCCGAGCUGCCGAGCCCAGUGCUGGAGGGGAAACCCCUGCGGGUGAUCUUCGACCACCUCUUCCCCGUUGGCAGCGACCCGGUCAGCAAGGACACGCUCUGCGAGGUGGUGAGUAUCCUCGGCAUGCGAGCCGUGGAGGAGCGGAUUGGCCAAAUCUACGAGACCAUCUCAUUGGCCAGUUUUGAGUUCAGCGACUUCGUGGCUUUCGUCCAGAAGUAUUGGGAGCAGUGCCGGCACGAGUCCCUGUCCUCCAUCUUCGGCCGGUUCAGGCACGACGGCGAGGUCCAUUGCGACUCCUUGAAGCCCGCGCUGGCGUUCAUGAACUUGCACACGAACCAAGAGUGGAUCGACGAGGUCGUCCAGGGCAUUACGCAGUAUUCCACUCUCGACUUCAACGAGUUCAUGGUAUUUGUCGACCUCUAUUGGAACCGGCUGAAGGAGGCCUACGCCCGGGCCUUCCGGGAGUGCGACGAGGAUGGCGCAGAUGGCCGAGGACUCCGCGCGGGCCUCCGGCGGUUCCUGUGGAUGCAGCUGUGGCCGCCGCCCUCGGCUGCCGUGCCCGUGGGCUUCGACCUCGUCCCCUCCGAGGACGCGCUCGGCCAGGACGCACUGCUGCUCGGGCCCCCGGGCGCGCUGCGCCGCCAGCUGGCGCUGCGCUACUGCGAGCUCACUGGGCGGGAGGCGGAGGUGCUCCAUGGGCACGCCAGGGGUGGUCUUGUGCUGUUGUCGUGCUACUUUGAAGUUGGGCGAUGGAGCGACGUGAAUGUGAUGAGGCUCUAUGACAUCGCUACAACGCUGCGGGGUUGGAACAGGCCGUUUCUGAUGGCGGGUGAUUUCAACUGUGAUCCGACACAUUUUGGGGAGUAUGGUUUCUUGGACUUCAUCCCUGCUGCAGUGGUCGCGAGGCCCCCUGCUCCUGCAGGGCAACUCCCUGUGGGCACGUGCCGCAGCGCCCAGGGUGCCUACUCGACCAUUGACUACUGGCUGGCCAGCUUGUCCAUUGCGAGCUCGCUGGCGCAGCCUGUGCCUGUGGACGGAUGGCCUGCAUUGCCGCAUUUCCCGAUGGUGACGUCCCUCGACGUGCGGGCCAAGGCGGUCAAGUUCCUCGUCCUGCGGGCGCCGAAGGCUUUUCCGAAGGCGGCCCCGACCGAGGAUGUCACGCCUGUGCUGGCGGAUCGUACCCGCGAACUCAUCGAGGAGGAUGUGGUGCUGGGAGGUGAUGCGACUCCUGGUCAGGCUCAGGCGCGGCUGGACCACCUGUACGCUGAGUUUAUGAACGUCGUGGUGCUGACGGUGACGAGGGACACCACCGAAGCGGACCUCAAGCAGAGGCGCGAGCUCAGCACGGGCCCCGGCGGCACCUGCACCGUCUACGCGGACGGGGCGCCUGUCCGCUGCGCGCUCAAGGGUCGGGUCCUCAUCCUGGACGGCAUCGAGAAGGCUUUGAAGGGUGGCAACCAGGCAGAGCGCAACGUCCUCCCGACCCUCUCGGGCAGUGCCACGGGGAGCGCCGCUGGCGGUGGUCACCGGGCGGCGGCCUCCCUCUGGCACUGCCCGGCCCUCAACAACCUGCUGGAGAACCGGGAGAUGGCCCUGGACGACGGGCGCUUCCUGGUGCCCGCGCGGCGCUACGACGCCCUGGCGUCCGCGGCGGGCGCUGCCGGCGCGGCGGGGCUCGGCAGGCUGGCGAGAGUGCACCCCGACUUCCGCGUCAUCGCGCUGGCGCUGCCCUGCCCGCCCUUCGUGGGCAACCCUCUGGACCCACCGCUGCGCUCGCGCUUCCAGGCCCGCGUCGUCUCGCCGCCCCUGCUGGCCGCGCCCUCGCAGCUGCGGCCGCUGGGCGCCUCGGUCCCCGAGGCCCUGCUCCGCCGCCUGGCCGCGGCGCAGCGGGCCCUCAACGCGCACGCCCUCGGGGGCGAGGCGGCCGCGGAGGCGCUGGCGGAGGCCUUGCCCCCGGGGGCGCGACCGCCCGUGCUGUCCCACGACGCCCUCCUCAGGGUCCUGCGGCUCGUGUCCGGCGCCGGCGUGCUGCCCGAAGGCUGCAGACCCGCGCUCUCGGCGGCCCUCGCGCGCGCCUACCCGCUGGACUUCGGGGGGGACCUCCUGUCCGGGGUCGCCGCUGGCGCUGGCGCGGGCUCGAGGGGCUCCGCGCUGCGGGAGGCGGCUGCGCAGUGGCUGAGGCACUUCCAGCUCGACGCCGGCGACCAGGGCGGCCAGGGCGCGCUCGAGCUGCGGGAGGGGGGCGCGGCCACCUCCGCGGGGGACGGCGCGGGGCACGUCCUGGUGAGCCUGGGCAGCGGCGAGCCCGUGAGGUGGGUCGGGCGGGUCGGGCAGCGGAAGUUGUGCCGGCAGGGCGGCUGCUGA